CUUCAAUACAAUUCAUCAGAGAUGUUUUUCUGUCCGGAAUCCCACUUCACGUGUGUCAGCCUUCAGCAGGUGUGUCUGCCUGUCUACCUCCGAUGUAACGGUGUCAACGACUGUCCUGGUCACGAAGACGAGGCGGCAUGUGACAGGUACACGUGUCCAGGCUUCUACCGCUGCCGCGCCUCUCAGGUGUGUGUACACGAGAGUCACGUGUGUGACGGAAUCUACCAUUGUCCUCUACAUGAUGAUGAAAUAUUGUGUAAUGAAACAUGUCCACACAGCUGUGUCUGUCACGGCUGGGCUUUUCGUUGUUCUGGUAUCUUCCAUGCUGCUAGCUACCCUAACCUUCGAUACGUUAAUGCCAGUGGGACAGCAAUGAACUUGAUUGACUUUGAAAGUAAUAUCUACCUCGUUCAUCUCAUUCUAGUUCGGUGUAAUAUAACCAGGUUGCAUGAGGUGACAUUGCCUAAUCUCCGCAUUCUAGACCUCAGUAGCAAUAAAUUAACUCACAUUAGCAGCAAUUUGUUUACAGGACUAACAAGACUAGAUUCUCUAAAAUUAAGUUUUAAUCCAUUGAAUGUUUUGUUUUUCGUGGAUGCUAGAAAAACAUCGUCUCUCAAAUUUCUCGACCUUUCGGACGUCGUAAUUUCAAGCCUAGACUUAGGGAACAUUUUCUUAUCGGCACUAACAACACUAAAUCUCUCCGGCAGCGGCUUAGAUCACGUGACAGGACAGGGCUUUGAGGCAGCAAGAAGUUUAAAAUUAUUGGACCUGAGACGUUGCCCUAUGACUAUUUUUCCGCGAGAAAUAUUCUAUAAUCUCACUAAACUACAAAAUGUUUUUGCUGACAACUACAAGCUGUGUUGUCCGGUCAUACUGCCCCCAGGUUUCAACGUGCUCAACUGUCACUCUCCUUCCGAUGAAGUUUCUUCCUGUGACGAUCUGCUGCGAUCCGGAGUCUACCGAGCAGGAGUCGCCAUCUUUGCCUCACUGGCGCUACUGGGAAACCUCAGCUCCUUGGUUUACCGUUUGAUGUUGCACAAAACGUCAGGUAACGUCGGGUAUGACGUCUUCGUCACCAACCUGUGUGUGGCGGACUUUCUGAUGGGUUUGUAUCUUUUAAUUAUCGGUAUCGCCGACUUCCGGUACAGAGGAUCGUAUGUCUGGGAGGAUGUCGGGUGGAGAAACAGCAGUUUGUGCAAACUGGCAGGUUUUACGUCUUUACUGUCAUGUGAAGUUUCCGUCUUCAUCAUCUUUCUCAUUACAGUUGACCGCUUCCUUGUUCUCCGUUUUCCUUUCAGCCAGGUGCACUUUGGCAAACGUUCAGCGCAGUGCGCAUGCGCAGUGUCGUGGCUCACAGGUGUGGCCUUGGCUUGUGUACCUCUACUACCGAUGACGUCACACUGGCAGUUUUACAGCCAGACAAGCAUCUGUGUUCCACUUCCUACCUCCAGGGUACACUUUCCAGGUCGCGAAUACGCGUUUGGAGUUAUGAUUAUUUUUAAAUUUAAUUUUAUUCAUUCUGAUUCUUACUGGACAGGCUUUGAUAUACUGGUCUGUUCACACCAAUUCUAUGUCUGCACAAAAUACAUCGAAGUCAAGAAAAGAGGUUACUAUUGCCAGACGUCUAAUCACAGUAGUGAUGUCCGACUUCUUGUGCUGGUUUCCUGUCGGCUUAACGGGAAUCCUUGCGUCCAGCGGUAUCCCUAUAUCCGGAGAGGUCAAUGUGGGGAUCGCCAUUUUUGUUCUUCCUAUUAA